CGCCCCCCGAUUUUGUGCAUGAGUCAAAGCUGGGUUUUCAGCGGUCCAAGUCCCUUCUCCGACGAUUCGACGGUGCAUUCUGCAGCCUCCACUUCGGUGGUUUCCCACACUAAAACUAAGUUCCGUUUCAUGGCAAGAGAGCCGACAGCGGCCUCCGUGGGACCCCGGCCCGCAGCGACGGCACAGCCACAGCGCUGCCCCGAGCCCCAGCCGGUCCAGGCGUGCCCGGAAGCCCGGGUGUCGGAGCCACCCCGCCUCUCGGGCGGGGCGGGGCCUGCGGGGAGACCUGGGCGGGGCCUGCGGUGGUGGCGGGAACCGGGCCGCCCGCGCUAUGGCCCCCGCGCUGCUGCUGGUCCCCGCCGGCCUCGCCUGCUUCGUGCUGGCCUUCGGCACCGGAGUGGAGUUCGUGCGCUUCGCCUCCCUGCGGCCGCUGCUCGGAGGGGCCCCGCCCGCCGGCGGCCCGGGUCCCCGCCAGGGGUGGCUCGCCGCCCUGCAGGACCGCACUGUCCUGGCCUCCCUGGCCUGGGAUCUGGGCCUCCUCCUGCUGUUUGUUGGACAGCACAGCCUCAUGGCGACCGAGGCCGUGAAGGCGUGGACGUCCCGGCACUUCGGGGUCCUCCAGAGGUCCGUGUAUGUGGCGUGCACUGCCCUGGCCCUGCAGACCACCUCCCUAGGUGUGGGGAGGGCCCCUCGGCGGCACCGUCCAUCCUGCAGAUCCCGGAGCAGCUCGCCCCCUGCCCGGGCCUCCCGCGGCCUCUGUGCUGUAGGAUGCAGGGGUCCGGCCUCCAGGGUGGGCUGCCGGGACGCUGGCCCUUCUCUUCCCCAGCUGGUGAUGCAGAACUGGGAGGCCGUGCCCAGCGCGCCUGCGCUAUGGGAGGCUCGGACUGAACCCUGGGCCACGUGGGUGCCACUGCUUUGCUUUGUCCUCCACAUCAUUUCCUGGCUCCUCAUCUUCAGCAUCCUUCUCGUCUUUGACUAUGCUGAACUCAUGGGCCUCAAACAGGUGUACUACCACGUACUGGGGCUGGGGGAGCCGCUGGCCCUGAAGUCUCCUCGAGCUCUUCGGCUUUUCUCCCACCUGCGCCACCCGGUGUGCGUGGAGCUGCUCACUGUGCUGUGGGUGGUGCCCACCCUGGGCGCUGACCGGCUCCUCCUCGCGCUCUUCCUCACUCUGUACCUGGGCCUGGCCCAUGGGCUGGACCAGCAGGACCUCCGCUACCUCCGGGCUCAGCUACAGAGAAAACUCCACCUCCUCUCCCGGCCCCAGGAUGAGGCAGCAGAGUGAGGAGCGAAGCCUGAUUCCAAGCCCUGUACUCUCCCUUCUCAAAUUCCAAGCACCUUUUCGGGUUUGGUGGCGCACUGCACGUCUGUAAUCCCAGCUCUCUGGAGGCUGAGACAGAAAGAUUGCCGCUGGUUUGAGGCCAGCCUGGGCUGCAUAGCAGGACCCUGGCUUUAAAAAAAAUGUCCACUCCCUUAACAUCCAGGCACGGGCUGCUUCAGGGCAGCUGCCCAAAUCCAGGGGCCGCUUGAGAUUUCAUUGCCUGAGUCCGGCGCUAGCCUCAGCUCCACUUCUCACCAGCAGGAGGGGUGAACAUCAGUCAACUCGUCGCAGUUGAGGGCGUGGACCCCUCCCCUCCUCUGAGCCUCAGGGACCCCUUUACUUUGUUUCCUGCCCGGCAGCUGGGCCAGAGCCCUGCCAGUCGGCCUGGUGCAGCGUACCCCAGCCGCUCAACGGAGGGGUCCCCGAGCGACUUCCGCUGCAGGGAAAUAAAAUUCAGCCUGGAUUUCCA